UUAAGUACGUUUGUUUCUGUUUCGUCGUUCCGACCCACGCCGAAGAAACAACUUUUCGUCUUCUCUUGCACCAACCAUAUCACCUGUUGAAACUACAACGCCUUCUGAAACCCUAACAUUGGGCUAUACAGCAUCCCCAGUUACCAAAUCGACGAAGGAGCGGAUCACGAUGGAUGAAGAAAAAGGCAAACGCGAGGAGAGACGGGCUUUUGUGGAUUCCUCAUCUGAAAGCAGGGAGAUGGAAUCUCUGGCACCGGCGGUGGACGAAGUCGGGGGCGAUGGUCAAACGUCGGAACGAUCUUUUGGAGAUGACAGUAAUGAUGAUGGUGAUAGCGUUGCCGAGGGAACUGGAUUUCUAGAAAUGAUGCCGAUGAAAGGGUCCUCAAGGCAAUACCUUCCCGUGCCAUCGUCGACGAAUGCGUCUCCUUCUUUUUCGUCAGACGAAAGCGGAUGGAGCUUAUUUCUGCACAAGACCCUACUUACCGACGAAGGGAUAGCAUUUCGAGGGUUUCCGUUGCUCGAGAGCAGUGGAUUUUCCACCAAGUUGCUGAAGUUUGUCUGCUGGACCUUUCUUUCAAUCUGUUUGGUGCACCUGGUCGUCGCCCAGUUUUUUGACGACCGGGACAUGUUUCUCCGGCUGAGCUACGUAUGGAAAUACGAGGGGGAUCUUAUCGUCCGUGACUGCUUCGUCUUUUUCGUGGUCGGUCGCCUCUGGGAAAAGCCGGGGAUUGACCAUCUGGCCUGGAUGGGGACCGCUCUAGUCGCAAACAUUUACUUCGAGAGCCAGAACUACAUCUGGUUCCUCCAGCACAGCGUGACGCUCUUUCAGAUGCACUGCAUGUGGCCCUGGGAGUUGUGGAUCUUUGCACUGGCACUAAUUGUCUCGGCAGCGCUCCUAAUUUUACUCCACGCCCUCAAGGCCUGGAACGAGCGAAUCCUGUUUGUCAAGCUAACGGAAAUGGGCCUGUGCAUCCUCUUCUUUAUCGCCCCGAUGAUCACCUCCAACUUUUUCCACAUGCACCACUGGUAUGCCGGCUGGCUGAUGGGGAUGCACUUUAACUACGAUGUCUGGUAAGUUGGGUUGAAGUGUUGUAGGGAGUAUUGCAGUAUAAAUUCGUUUUGCUUUGUUUCUUUUUUAAUGAAAGCGCCAGUCUUAUUCAGACGGUUUGUCUUUUCGCUUUAUUGCAACAAUCCAACCAUUAAAUUUCAUCAUUGUCUUUGUCGACUAGGUGGAGCCGGCUGGCCAUGGCCUGGUGCUGGGGUAUGUAUGUCAACGGGGUCGCCGUGUACGGGCGGGAUCCCGUCAUGACGUGCGAAUACUCGUAUUUUUUGUCCCUCGACAACCGGUGCCCCUACAUUUCCUGCUACCUAGAGGGGCUUGCAGACGAGAACAAUACGGAGGUGGUGGAAAUGGUUCCAGUCGACUGGAGAAAUUGCUCGGCGACCACUGGUUUCAUCCCCUGAGCAACUCGUCUUGGAACGAGUCGAUACCUGUAGAAUGAAUAAUACAAAACCUUAAAACGAAGCAGAACAUAAUUAAAGAAGAUGAUUUGGGAGUGCAACACAUCACGAGUAACUUAAACAAAUAAAAUACCACUGAUUAUAAUAAUCUUGCGACUGCCUAGUGAUGGUUCCCUACGAUAAUCGACAUGAUAACAAGAGGACGGAGGAAAUUUCCGGAAGGCAACCAACGAUUGGUUUAUCGAGAACAACGGAACUGAAUGGGCCACAACAAGACAAGGGGCAGUUAACUGCAUUACCUAGUAUUUGUUCAUUAAUUGCACCCUUGCACCAUGCAUCGGGAUGGCGUUCGUUCGUUCUUUCGUUUUUCCGAGAGUGUUUUUGUUGUUGAAUUCGACAGAAGGAAUUGCAUGGCAUCCGUACCAAGGCCGUUGCUUCCGAAAAUACUCCCUCUAUGUUCCCAUCCAAUUAAAGGUUUUUCGCUACGAGUUCUUUCAGUUUAAGUUGGUCGGCGCCCAUCAACUCAUCAACCUUUGCUCCGCCCUUAAAGAACUGAAAAGUGGGCAUCGCAGAGAUGCCGCAAGUCGAAGCGACAUCGUUCGCCUCAUCCACGUCGACCUUGACAAAGAUGGCGUCUGGAUAUUCACCGGCCAUCGCUUCAAAGAUUGGUCCGAUCAUGCGGCAGGGAGGGCACCUGGCAAAGCCCACAGCAGAAAUCAAAACAAAUUGAACGGCGUUUGGAUGCAUAUCGCACAAUACAAUGAAACGAGAUCAGUUCGUGCAUGAGACACACAAAAGCAGAAAGAAAGAGCAAGGUUGGAGGGAUCGAUAUUAGUCAAUAAGCAAGUGAUUCUCAAUAUUUCCCGGCAGUUUCGUGCGGAAAAAAUAGCGAUUGCCAUUUGGGCACAGGAGAGUCAUCAAACUCAUGAAUGAAUCGUAAUUCAUACGUCGCAUCAUUAUCACUAUAACGCUCAUCAAAAGCACCCUCCCAUGGGGAUGUUCGACAACCAGAAUUCAACGCAAUCCAAUAUAUUUCAUUGCAAUGGAAUGAAGCAAAAAGGAACGUACCAGGUUGCCGUGAAGUCGACGACAACGAGCUUCUCUUUGGAUUUCUCCAUGAGUUCAUGAAAUUCUGUUAGGUCCUUGCAGUAGUUUACCAUGAUUGUUGGUUUUAUUUAGUACGGGUUGGAUGAUGUUUUCUUGUUUGGUUUUGUUUGGUUUUGUUUGAACUUAGCUUUCAAUUUAUGUCAGUGCAAAGAGGCUGAUGGUACAAUGUGUGAGACAUUAAACACUCCACAAUCAC